AUGGCCCAAAACAAUGACAAUACAUUGGAUGACAUUGAAGAGAUGGAACAAGGAAUUGCGAAAGAAGAGGUUUGCGACAUUUCUUUUAAAGAGGCCUAAUCGCAAACAUAAUGUUACAGAAAUUCGUGAAUUUAAUGGCAAAACUCAACAAGACAAUUUUCGAAGAAACGAUAGCUGCAUUGGUUCAUUCGCCGGACCCACCAACAACUUUGAUGUUUCAGUCACUCAAGCUCAAGUUGUCAACCAAAGAGAAGGUAAGAUAGUCAACGAUAGAAGAUUUUCUCAAAAAAAAACCGAAGAAAACCUAUUCAUGUCGGUAACAAAAAUUCACUCUAGAUCAUCUUUGAUUCUACAGUAUUCUCUACAGUACCUCGUUUAAUGAAAAAGUUCCAAAUUUCCUGUAUAUCACUCAUAAGUCUUUUUAAAAUCUACAGUACCCCUUGGUAUUGGGCUCAAAAUGUUCAAAAUUGAUGGAAUGUAGUAAAAAAGAAUAAAUAAAAGAGAUAAAAAGAAUCAAUCUUUUUAUAUUAAUUUAUUUCACGUGCACGUGUGACGUGGCAGAGGUGGCGGCGUAGAGACCGCCUAUCUUUUUCUGCUUCUGUUUUUUUGUGUGCAGUUGUCUGCAGUUUUUUAUUAGGUGUUUUGUGCGUUGCACAUUUAUUAGGCGGUUUUUCAUUAGGUUUUCUUCGGGUCAAUUUCCUAGGUUAUUUUAGCUGUGUUUUAACAAUUGUAAAUUGUUUUGUCUUUGUAUUCUAAUUGUGUAGUGUAACUUUUUGUAUUUUAGUUUUUAGCUUCAAUAAAUUUCUAUUAUAAAAAAAGUCGCAACUACAACAGCUACAAUAUAUCAAUAAGAUUCAAAAUUUUGCAGAUUGUCAUCGCGAAUCGUUGUCUUAUUCUAAAAAACAUAUCAUUUGAAGAAUGCGAAGAGAUGCAAGAUGAACCAUUGGCAAAAAUCUUUGGUAUUUUCACAAAAGUGAGUAAUUUUUUCCAAAUUUAUGGACUUCUACAAUCUGCACAACUCUGAAAAUAAAAGAUUAUUUCAGAUUCUCUCGAUCGAUUUCAUCAAGUGCAUCGUAGUUUCCGAUAUUCGAGUCGAAAUCAAUCGAAUAUCCAAGUUCAGCGACUUGAAAUCGGAUUUUCUAAAAAGAAUUAGACCAGCUCAUCGAAUCGAGCCAUCGGAAACAUUGCGAUUAUUAAAAGGAGUUCAAACAAUCGGAGAUGUUGAAAAUAUUGUUUUAGUGAGUUUUUCUGGAUUUUACCGAUUCAAGUUAAUUUAAUUCAGGAACUGCAAAAGUUGGAGAAACCAUUUGACAAAGUUGUAGCUGAUAAAAAUUACGAUGUGGAAACAAAAAAGACAAUUCUGGAGAAACUCAAAUGA